AUGGAGGUCGCACUGCAGGCCUCGACCCUACGACCCCACCACAAACUUCUCGCCACUGCAGAGGCGCAGGAGCCAGCGAAGGUCGCCUUCUCCGAGGCGGUCGAAGAACCACCUCCACCAGCUGUGGCAACCUUCGAGGAGUCGCACGAAGUGCUUCCUCCACCGCUGAAGGAGGGCAAAGGCGUCACGCCGGGCCUGUCGUUGCCGGGACAAACCGCACUUGUUGAGGGGUCUCCGUCGUCGGCUGCUUCGCCGUGCGUUACGCCUGGACAAAUGCAGAGCUUCCGCAUCUGCGUGCCGCAGCCGUAUCCUGGCGUCCAGAUACGCAAGUCGCCGAACCUGGAUGACAAGCACAAUCGCUUCCUCCAGGCCACAGUCGUCGGGCACGCUGCGGGCAGCCUCGCUUCAGUGCUGGCCACCGUGGUCGCGUUGCCAGGCGACCGCAUUCGCGAAGCGGUGCCACCAAGCCUCCGGCAGCAACAGCAGUCUCAGCUUGUUGAGGCUCUCCACGAUCGCGUACAGCGUUUGCAAGAGCCGGAGCAGCCUCGAUUGCUCUUCAAGGUGAUGCCCCGCGUGCCGCUCAACCAGCUGGCGGCUGCGUCUAGGCCUGUUUUCGACGUCGGCCAUUCUUUGACCGCAGCCGGUCCACCCUCUGCCACAGGCUUCGGUGAAAGCACGAACUGCAGUCCUGUUUCCAACCAUAACCUCUAA